GCCCGCUUGCGGAGAUGCCUGCGAGGAAGACGCGUAAGUUUGGGCAGCCGAGCCCCACGCGGGUCCCGGCAGAGCUUGAAGUUGAGUGUGCCAUUCAAAUCAGGAGAAUUGGAGACAAACUGAAUUUCCGGCAGAAACUUCUGAAUCUCAUAACCAAACUCUUCCGCUCAGGAACCUGACUGCUUCAGAAGCCUCUGAAUGAGGAGACUCCUUUAAAAUGGAAGAUUCCCCAGUAGGUGCAAAUUGCAUCAAUUAGAGGAGAGACUGCCUUGUAAUGGAGAGGAAUGUGAAGGAGCUCUCACUUGCUUCUGGCUGCCCUUGGGAACAAAGAUGGAAUACAUCAAAAAUGAAUUUGUGUUGGAGGUUUCCCUGAAGUCAUUCUUUGGGAUGUGAGAACAUUAUGAAGCCACCUUGUUCAUUUUAAAGCAAGGAUGGAAGAACUUUGAAAAUAGGACAUUAAUUAUUUAUACGUUUUGUUUUUGCUUAGAUAAUUGUUCUAGUAUUUUUACUAAAGGUUGCUGCCCAGCCUGGUAU